AUUGUGAGCAACUGGAACCCGGCUCACGAACGGGUGAAGUUCUACAAUUUGCUGAAAGAGCACAUCAACAUAUCCCUGUUUGGCCGCGUAACUAAAUACCUUACAAACCAAGAGUAUGUGUCGACGGUGUCCAGCUGUAAGUUUUACUUGUCAUUCGAGAACUCCAAACACAAGGACUACAUCACAGAAAAGUUGUACAAGCCUCUCGAUCUAGGGACUGUGCCCAUUGUUCUCGGACCACCUAGGGAACAGUAUGAGAAUAUUGUGCCUGGAGAUGCCUUCAUCCACGUUGACGACUUCCUCUCGCCGAAAGAGCUGGCCAGUCGCCUCCAUUUCUUGGACGAAAAUGAGACGGAGUACCAUCGCUACUUUGAGUGGAAACGCCAUCUCAAAGUUAAAUAUGUAAACUUUCCGAUAGAGCAUGCCUGUCGCGCCUGCGACUACCUGAAGAAGCACAGUGACGAAUACAGUUCCUUUGAUAACCUCAACCAGUGGUACUGGGGUUGAAACUCAGGGAAAA